AUGCACACACAGAAAGCGGGCAGCCCACUGAACAAGAUCAUCAACGUUCGCAUACCAAAUAAGCCACCAUCAUCUCUCUGGGAUAUUGCUAUCCAAGACGGCAGGAUAGCCUCCGUAGAUGCUCAUAAUGAUGCUUCGUCGCAUGAGGAGAGCGAAAACACUCUGGACGGACAAAACCGCCUGCUCGCGCCAUCGCUGUGCCAUGCCCACAUCCAUCUCGACAAAUGCUUUCUCCUCCAAGACCCCAAGUUCAGCGACCUGCAGAUUGAGAGUGGCGACUUCAAUGAGGCCAUGAGCAUUACCGGUCAAGCCAAGUCUCGGUUCGUCGAAGAUGAUCUGCUCAGGAGGGGCACGCGGCUCAUUGAGGAGAGCAUCCAGCACGGCGUUACCGCCAUGCGGGCAUUUGUAGAAGUCGACGGUGUUGUGGAAUUGAAGUGUCUGCACGCGGGUCUGAAGCUGAAAGAGCUUUUCCAAGAUCGGUGUGAGGUGCAGUUAUGCGCAUUCGCUCAGCUGCCAUUGUUUUCCGGUCAAGACGAAGGUGCACAAGUAAGAAAACUGAUGACCACUGCUGCCUCCUAUGACAAAGUAGACGUGCUUGGCAGCACGCCGUAUGUGGAGGACAGUGAGCGUAAAUCUAUAGAAAACGUGCGAUGGAUCACUCAACUGGCCCUUGAACAUAACAAACACCUAGACCUCCACCUCGACUACUUCCUCGAGGAAGAAAAACAGCCUCUCGUUUGGACUGUCUUGGAUAUCAUCAGAGAGCUCAAAUGGGAUAAGAAGGACAGCAGCAAAAAGAUAGCGCUGGGACAUUGUACCAGGUUGACAAGGUUCCGCAACGACGAGUGGACACAUCUGAGACAAGAAGUAGACAAAUUGCCCAUCUCUUUUGUUGGCCUUCCAACUUCCGACCUGUUCAUGAUGCGGACUCCGGAGAACAUACGUGGGACGUUGCCCAUCAUAGAGCUCAUCAAUGAGCAUGGCUUCAACGCUGCCAUUGCUAUUAACAACGUGGGAAACGCCUUCACUCCCUAUGGUAACUGCGAUCCUUUGGCUAUCGCGGCGAUUGGAGUUGGAGUCUAUCAGGCUGGAACAAAGAAAGAUGCUGAGUUGUUAUAUGAAACCGUUUCUACCCGUGCAAAGACUGCAAUUGGAUGUGAAGCUACAGAUCUGACUCUACAGCCUGGACAGCCUGCCGAUUUUCUCAUGUUUGAUAGAACGGACAGCGGCUGGCAGUACAGGAAAAGCAUUGUAGAGGUUGUUUAUGAUGCUGGGAAUACUCGCCGGACAGUCUACAGGGGUCGAUUGAUCGCCUCUCAAGGUUGA